CAGUGAACAUUAAGCGGAGCAGACCAAAAUCCCAAACAAGGAAAUGGUGGGGGAAUAAAACGACCAGAUUAUUUAAUUAAUGCAUGUAAUAAUUAAUAUUUUAUUUUAUUGUAAAUUAAGACGUAUUUAUGGGUUAAAAUGGAUUACGACUUCAAAACAAAGCUGGCGGCCGAGAGAGAGAGAGUAGAAGAUCUGUUCGAAUAUGAAGGUUGCAAAGUGGGUCGAGGCACCUACGGGCACGUUUAUAAAGCUAAGCGCAAAGACGGGAAAGAUGAGAAGGAUUAUGCACUGAAACAAAUAGAAGGCACUGGAAUAUCGAUGUCUGCGUGCAGGGAAAUCGCUCUGUUACGAGAACUGAAACACCCAAAUGUGAUCGCCCUGCAGAAAGUGUUCCUGUCUCACAGUGACAGAAAGGUUUGGCUCCUCUUUGACUAUGCUGAACAUGACCUUUGGCACAUCAUCAAGUUCCACCGCGCCUCCAAGGCCAACAAGAAGCCCAUGCAGCUGCCCCGUGGGAUGGUGAAGUCUCUCCUGUAUCAGAUUCUGGAUGGGAUCCAUUACCUCCAUGCCAACUGGGUGCUCCACAGGGAUCUGAAACCAGCUAACAUCCUGGUGAUGGGGGAAGGUCCUGAACGAGGAAGAGUUAAAAUCGCUGACAUGGGUUUUGCCCGACUCUUUAACUCUCCACUGAAGCCGUUGGCAGACCUUGACCCCGUGGUGGUGACAUUCUGGUACAGGGCCCCUGAGCUGCUGCUGGGGGCCCGGCACUACACCAAAGCUAUCGAUAUUUGGGCGAUUGGCUGCAUCUUUGCAGAGCUGUUAACGUCCGAGCCCAUCUUUCACUGUCGCCAGGAAGACAUCAAGACCAGUAACCCCUUCCAUCAUGAUCAGCUUGACAGGAUAUUCAGUGUCAUGGGAUUCCCUGCAGAUAAGGACUGGGAAGACAUCAGGAAGAUGCCAGAGUACCCAACACUGCAGAAAGACUUCAGGAGGACAACGUAUGCAAACAGUAGUUUAAUCAAAUACAUGGAGAAGCAUAAAGUGAAACCUGACAGCAAAGUUUUUCUGUUGCUCCAGAAACUCCUCACCAUGGACCCCACCAAAAGAAUCACAUCAGAGCAGGCACUGCAGGACCCGUACUUCCUAGAGGACCCCUUACCAACCACUGAUGUGUUUGCUGGGUGUCAGAUCCCCUAUCCAAAACGAGAGUUUUUAAAUGAAGAUGAACCAGAGGAGAAAACAGAGAAGAACCAGACCCAGCAGCACCAGCAGACGACAGGCCAAACUCAGGCCCAGAACCAGCAGCAGACAGCAGCCCAGCAGGCCCCCUCCCAGCAGAGCUCGGCCCAAACCAAUGGGACGGCUGGAGCCACGGGGGGCACCACCGGUGGGGGUUUACAACACGGCCAGGACCAAGGGCCCCCCAACAAGAAACCUCGUAUUGGGCCCUCUGGGGCCUCCUCAGGCACUGGGGUGCUACAGUCAGAGUACCAGCACUCCGGCCCUCGCCUUGGUUACCAAAGCAACGUCCAAGGUUCCACUCAGCCCCAGAGCACCAUGGGAUACUCGUCAUCAUCCCAGCAGAGCUCCCAGUACUCCCACCAGACCCACCGUUACUGAGGCUCCCAGUCACUCCUGAACCA